AUGACACAAUUUGGAUUAACAGAUUCAGCUAGUCAUCUUAAUCAUAUCCUUCCGAUACCACACACUCCAUCAUAUCUUAGUCGUCAUCCAAUCUAUCCAAAAGCAAGUCCGGAGAUUUCAACACGUACAUAUAAUCCAAUAUUUCCAAGUUAUUGGCAAAAAUCAUCGGAUAAUUAUGCUGUAAAAACUCGUGAUUAUCAUUGUGCAACAUACACAUAUCUUGGACCAGAAUGGUUUAAAGCACCUCCAAAAGAUUUUGCAAAAUAUAAAGAACCUCUUCAUCCAUCAGGAGCAAAUUCAAAUAAUAAUCGUCCAUUUACUGCUGCAAAUCAAAGAUCACGAUCUACUGAUGAUUGGUCAAAAUGUUUCGAUGAUUAUCCUGGUCGAUUUAAAAUUGCAUAUGCAUCUGAUGAUGAUGUGAAUGAUUUAUGUUUUAAAAAUAAUCUUGUUCAUUAUGAUUCAAGUGUUACUCAUCGACCAAGUCGUUAUGCUUUUCAAACUGAUAGAGAACCGAAUUAUCUUGCAGCAGGAAUACCAGGUCGAAUUGAACCUGUCGUAAAUCCAUUUCAACAAUCGGAAGCAAAACAUACUACAAUUGGUACUCCAACAUCAUGGUAUCCUUAUGGUAAUACACCAAUUCGAUAUCAAGAUUCUGUUAGCCAAAAUCCACGAUUUUAA